AUGGCGGAAUUUACCUGCCAACAAGCCCGACAAAUUGUAGAUGAGAUCGCCCAAAGGAACGGUAGCAUCACCAAGGAAGAUCGAGCAACAACGUCACCUGCUGUUAUAAAAGCACUACAGAGCGUUCGCAAUCAGCUUGGUAGUAGUCGGCGGGUCCCAACACCAUCCGACGAAGCGGAUGUCAGAAGGGAUGUUGUGUUCCAGCUGAUCUCCAGUACCCGUUCGUUGCAUUACAAUUGGGCAAAGAGGCAAGGCGAAGAGCCCUACUUUUCCAUAGAUGUAUCUCGGGACCGUAUAAUUAUCGACACCAAUGAUGAUGGGUGCCAGAAAAGCGACAUUGAGAGGCUUGCUGCGACCAAUUUUUUUCUUUCCAAUGUCCAAACCAACAACCUGUAUGGCAGAGUUCUUUUAUAUACAGCUAGAAUUGCCAGGGAAGCACAUGUACAGUCAGGUUCAUUUUCCUUCACCCUUGGACCUCAAAGUCCUGGUGACAGACUUGGAUUUGCAACCCCGGUAAAUAAAGACCCGGCAUCCUUGCCCGAAGGAGUGCGCACUAGGAUCAUUUUGUACCCUAUUCUGUCGCAGGGAUUUGGCAAAUUGGUGGAUGAGUUUCAGGCCAUCGCAAACAAUGGUUUUGUGCUGCUCGAUCCUGAGGAUCCUUGCCAAUUUGUAUGCAGCAGAUUUGUUCUCAUUACCCGCCAGGAAAAAUUUCAAACAACACGCCUAACAUACGAAGUCCAACUGCGGGACGGUAUAUUGGAGGUCACCAAAACAUAUCCGAGUCUGUUUUCACCCUCUGCAGUAUUGACGGAGCGAUUCCUCCUGUACAAGCCAGCUAUUCCGUCGUCGGUUGAUCAGGUGGCGCUAUUGUUUCCUAUCGACCAGAACUCAAGGCCCGUCAUACAAUCUCGGAAAGCUUACCAUAUUAUUGGAUCAUUCGCUUUCCCUAUUAGUGAAGUGAAACUCAAUUUCGUUGUUUGUGCAACUGUGAAGAUGUACGACCCGGUGAGAGAUGCUGACAUCGAUACUUCUACAUUGAUACAAAGCUGUAUCAAUUCCUUCUGCGAUGCCGUUUCCUUCUGUCAAAAUCACUCCAUGACUUAUGGAUGGGUCCAGUACAUUCCCAGGCAGAGCAUGGUCCCGCCAGUUUGGCAUAAAAAAGUUGAAGGGUUAAUUGGAGAACUCCGAGAGGCCCCCGUUUUCCAGAGUCAAAAGAGUGUUCUAAAAAGCCUGUCUUCACUUCGGUAUUUGUCCCCGGAACAUUAUGACGGAGACAAUAAUCCCUUGUUCGGAGCUUCAGAUAACGAACAUUACCUUUCUACGAAAUACGGUGCCUACCUCGGAUCUUUGAAGCCCCUAGGUCUCCAAGAGAUCUCGGACCAUGAAGUCUUAAAAAGACUCAAGCCGAUACUGACAAGACCUUUCAACAUACGAGAUGAACGGAUGUCGCUUAGUUUACGACUGCUAAUAACCUGGCUAAAGAGGGAUCCCAAUAGCACUCUAGCGACUGAGAUAAAGAAUAUCCCGUUUAUUCAAUUGAGCAACAGGUCUUUCAUUCGAGGGAACGACCUAAAGGUGAUCCGAUCUGAAACUGACUUGGCUUUUACAAAUGACGCUGUGUAUUUUCCGACCGAUACCAACGGUAAUCACAUUCCGGAAUGUCUUGAUAUUUUGACUGUUUCAGAGGAAGCAGUCAGGGACAACGACCGAAAAGAGCUGUUUCGUCUCCUUGGGGUUAGACGUGCAUGCCCUGAACUGGUCAUGGGGCGAAUCAGCCACCGCAGCCAUUCCGCCUCCAGUGCACCGACCGGGAGGAUUAUGAUGGAUGACUUUAUGCAUAUUUUAUGCUACGUCCAUGACAGCUGUGCCAAGGAUGACCUUCUGAAGAGGCCUUGCCUUUUGAUUUUUGAUAGACACUGCGUGGGGAAUUUGGUAUGCAGGAGCUCUUGCCCUAGGUAUUUUCCCUUCGAUAUAUACCUCAAAACGGACGGUGCCUACGGGACGGAGGUCAUUGCAGAAAGGUUGAACUCAAGCUCUAUUUUCAUCCAGCGACUUCAUCUGUUGCACCCAACCUUUCUCCAUCCAAACCUCAUAAGCAAAAAGCACAUUCCCAAUGAUACGUGGGAAUUAUGGCUUAUACAGCAAGGAAUAGCACGGCGAGUUCCCCAGUUGACACACUGGAGCAAUCCUAAACAGUUCUCUGACUUAUUCAACGCAAUAAUGUCUCACCAUCCAGACAUUCUUCUUGGUGUCUUGGGAAGGCAUUGGGACACAUACGAAAUAGAGAUAAACAAAGAACCACUUAUCGUAUCCGCAAUCAAGGAGGCAAAAGUCCCCACGUUGAAUGGACUGGCGAGGCUUGAUGGAUGUUACUUUCCCAUUCCACAGAUCUGUGAUAUGGUUGAGGCUGUGUCCACCACAUUGAACAUCAAUUUCCUCAGACUACCAGGGGGCUGGGGCCCGGAUAGUGAGCAAGAAUGGGGAUUUCUCCGGAAGCUUGGUGUGUCCGGUGAUGGAGUGGCUACGUUCGUAAACGUCAUUAAAGAUCGCUUGUUAUCCACCAUGACAUUGGAGGACGCCAAAUUGCAUUUUUUCGAAGUGUACAGCUGGGUAUCUGAGAGACCAUUUGACGAAUUAUGGGAAUUUUUUAACGAGGAGGUGGUCUAUAUCCCGAGUAGCGCUGACGGUGCGCAGUUAGUGUGCGUGGACCAAUGCGUUUGGCAUGGCCCUUCGUGGUUACGGACUGUGUACGCUCUUGCAUGCCAUGAGGAAUAUGCGAGUGACUCGAAAAUGCGGAGCCUAUUUUUAGACUCACUCAAUGUGCAGAGCGCAGACUGGGGAACCUAUAUGACAGAAUUAAUGCAUUUACAGGAUGUUGGGGUAAGCUUAACAGAGGAAACGCGAAGGAUAUACCAGGCUAUCAUGGAAGAUGCAGAAGAUGAGGACUGGACGAGUCUGCGGAGUCAAUUCCAACAAUACAAGAUGAUAUAUGUACCAGGCUCAAAACAGUGGUAUGCUCCUGGACAAUGCAUCUGGGCACCAUUCUCAAGCGAGGAUAAGAUGGGCAUAAGCAACAUCUAUCCAGACAUGGAGAGCUUCUUUAUCGAGAAGCUCCAGGUCCGGCAACCUUCCAUACUUUUCUACAUCAGCCACAUCCGGCAUCUUUGCAAGCACGAAGGAGGGGUUGCCGAGGUUAUCGAGGCUUUGUACAAUAUCAACAACCUCAACCCAACGGUGUCUGACUUGAAGUGGUUCAACGUUAUCGAUUUCCUGCCAAUAGAGGGCACCGAGGGAGAAUUCUACUGGGGAUCCGUAACAUCCGAUUUCUUCAUCAUUGAUAGAGACGGCUGGCCUAUGCUAUUCUAUGGAAAGGUGCCAACGCUUCAGUUUCACCUGGCAGAAGUCCGUGAAUUAGCUCCACUCCUGAAAUCUCUGGGGCUAGAAAACCGUUUCAUUUCCAUUUGCGCAGCGAAGAAAACUAGCUUAUCAGAAAUUCCUUCGCAAAGAUCAUUGCAUCUUACGACCGACUUCCGUCAAAGAUCAUUAGGCUUGUCUAGAUGCGCCAUCCACUACCAAGGCAAAAGUGUAAGUGCUGCUCGCGAAGUAUAUGACACUUUUCGGAAGGCAUUAGUCUACGAAACUGAGCACAUUGUCGGAGAAUGUAGCUUGGUUUCACUGUCCGGUUCUUGCACAAGUGUGCAAACAUAUAGUAGACUGCAUAUGGAAUUUCUCAACGGCAAAUUGAGCAUCUUCGUUCCUCCUGCCGAAAACGAAAGACUUAUAUGCUACGCGACGCAACUGCCGGAGUCAUUAAUAGCCUCCCUGGAAAUCAAACAUCCCGCUGCCUAUGGAAUGUUCGCUACAGUUCUUCAUGUACCAGUUGAGGUUGUGGACGAUAUAUUAAUGAUACAUGGUAUUCCCGAAGUAUCCGACCCGGACCCUAUCAGCUCGGUGGUUAUGGACGACUCGGACACUGAGUAUGAGGACGCCCUAGAGGAGAUUUUCGUACCAAUGGCCUCGAUUGCUUGGGGUGGCAAGGAUCAAUUGCUGGAAUCUGAACGAUCUGAACUUCAGCUGGUUCUACGGUCAAAGGACUCAGACUGGGCAGUGGCUAAGUUAGGUUAG